AUGGCAGCAGGAGUGGCGGCGUGGCUGCCGUUCGCCCGGGCGGCGGCGAUAGGAUGGAUGCCGGUGGCCAGCGCGCCCAUGCCGGUGCCCCCGAAGGACAAGCGGAGAGCGAAGGACGGGCUGAUCGUGCUCAACGUCAGCGGCACAAAGUUUCAGACUUGGCGGAAUACUUUGGAGCGCUACCCGGACACACUGCUGGGCAGCACGGAGAGAGAUUUCUUCUACCACGAGGAGAGCAACGAAUACUUUUUUGACCGCGACCCGGACAUCUUCAGGCACAUUCUGAACUUCUACCGCACUGGAAAACUGCACUACCCCCGCCACGAGUGCAUCUCCGCGUAUGACGAGGAGUUGGCGUUUUUCGGGAUCAUCCCGGAGAUCAUAGGGGAUUGUUGCUAUGAAGAAUACAAAGACCGGCGACGGGAGAACCAGGAGAGGAUCCAGGACGAUGAGGAGAUUGAUCAGUCCAACGAUAUGGUCCAGCAAGACAUGACCUUCCGGGAGUCCAUGUGGCGGGCAUUUGAGAACCCCCACACCAGCACCAUGGCGCUGGUCUUCUAUUAUGUCACCGGCUUCUUCAUUGCAGUGUCGGUGCUGGCCAACGUGGUGGAGACGGUGCCGUGCGGGACCGCCCCGAACCGGGUGAAAGAGGUGUCCUGCGGGGAGCGCUACGCCCUGGCCUUCUUCUGCCUGGACACGGCCUGCGUCAUGAUCUUCACCGUGGAGUACCUGCUGCGCCUCCUGGCCGCGCCAAGCCGCUACAAGUUUGUCAAAAGCGUCAUGAGCAUCAUCGACGUGGUGGCCAUCAUGCCCUACUACAUCGGCCUGGUCAUGACGGACAACGAGGACGUGAGCGGCGCCUUCGUCACCCUCCGGGUCUUCAGGGUGUUUCGGAUUUUCAAAUUCUCCCGGCACUCGGCGGGCCUGCGCAUCCUGGGUUACACUCUGAAGAGCUGCGCCUCCGAGCUCGGCUUCCUGCUCUUCUCCCUCACCAUGGCCAUCAUCAUCUUCGCCACCGUCAUGUUUUACGCCGAGAAAGGCUCCUCCGGCAGCAAGUUCACCAGCAUCCCGGCGGCCUUCUGGUACACCAUCGUCACCAUGACAACCCUCGGAUAUGGAGACAUGGUGCCUAAGACUAUUAUCGGGAAGAUCUUUGGCUCGAUCUGUUCUCUGAGCGGUGUACUGGUCAUUGCCCUACCGGUGCCUGUCAUCGUCUCCAACUUCAGCCGCAUCUACCACCAGAGCCAGCGUGCCGAGAAGCGACGAGCCCAAAAGAAAACCAGGCUUGCUAGAAUUCGCGCGGUGAAGAGCGGAGGGGCUAACGCUUAUUUGCAGUACAAACGCAACGGGCUGCUGAUUGACGCUGACGAGGAGGUAACCACGGACAUUCAGUCAUCGUCGGGUGGUACCAACCCCACCUUUGACAUACAGCAUCACCACCUUCUGCACUGCCUGGAGAAGACCACAAUGUCCCUGUGUGCCUGUCGCCCUCUCCGUGUGUUUUUAACCGUCACAAAGAACCACGAGUUUGUCGACGAGAAGACGUACGAGGAGAGCUGCAUGGAGGUGAGCAUGGUGAAGCAGACCUCGCGCUCCUCCUCCAUCUCCUCCUCGCCCCACGGCCUCACCUGCUGCUCGCGCAGGAAGAGGAAGAGCUUCAACGUUCCCAACUCCAACAUGUCGGUGGGACUGCAGGGCAGCGUGCAGGAGCUCAGCACCAUCCAGAUCAGAGAGAGGCCUAUAUCCAACAGUCGCUCCAGCCUCAACGCUAAAUUCGAGGAGACGGUGCCUCUGAACUGUGACCAGCCCUACAUCACGGCCGCCGUCAUCAGCAUGCCCACCCCGCCGGUCACCACGCCCGAGGGCGACGAGUCCGCCAGCUCCACCGACUACUCCCAGGCCAACAUCGUCCGGGUGUCCGCCCUCUAGACUCCGGUGCCCCCUCCAAGAUGGCAACCCAACCU